CUCGUAAAAUCAGCUGACUGAUACAGCUAGCUAGGUUAGGGUGGAAGAUGCCGCCCCGUCCAAAGAAGAAGGUGAAAUCCUUCAAAGUCCCUCCAUUUUACUACAUCCCUACCAUAAUCGGUGGCAUGAGCCUCAUCACGGUGGUGGCUCUGUCUCCGGACCUGAUACCCGUACGGAAGACUGUGGUACCUGGGAAAGUUCCUUCACUUCAUGGCCUACGACCUCCACACUCUCUCCUUCGUUAUUUGCUGUGCAGCUUGGAUAGCCCAUGUGGGUGAAGCAGCCUAUGCUUACUCCAUCUGCAGAAAGCUACAUCUCACAAACGGUGAUACUUUUAAAUGGACGGUGCAAACGUUUGUUCUUGGCUUCCCCUCUCUCGGACUUCUCAAAGCAAAACUGAACCACACCCAACGAUAACAACGAUGAUCGAUGAGUCGAAUUAUAAAUAGUACUUUUUCCAACAAACAUAGAAUUACA